AUGGUGGGAAUGUUUGUUGCCGAAAUAGAAGCUGCCGAGAACAAAGUCGAAGCUACAUUUUACGUAGCCAAAACCGGAAUGCAAAGCCUUCUGGGAGAUGAAACGGCUAAGAAACUUAAAGUUUUGAAGAUUGGCUACAACGUAGCAUCAGUCCGACAGAGCCCAGGUCCGUUUCCGAAAAUCAAGGGAGUUCUUGUGGAGAUUCCGGUCAACCCUGAUGUUGAACCCGUACAACAACCACACCGCCGUGCUCCUUUCGCAUUGGAAGACAAAAUUGCGGAAAAACUCCAAUAUCUUCAAGACCAGGACAUUAUCGAACGGGUGCAUCAACCAUCGGCAUGGGUUUCCCCUAUAGUUCCGGUUGUAAAAGAUAACGGCGAAAUACGACUAUGUGUUGACAUGCGUCGAGCCAAUCAAGCAGUCCUCAGAGAAACACACCAGUUGCCUAUAAUUGAGGAGCUCUUUGGGCGAAUAAAUGGUGCCGUCAGGUUCUCAAAGUUGGAUAUCAGAGUAGCUUAUCAUCAAGUGGAAAUUUCGGAAAGAUCUAGAGAGAUUACAACAUUCAUCGCCAAACAAGGCCUGCUCAGAAACAAAAGGCUAAUGUUUGGUAUUAGCUGUGCUCCGGAAUUGUUUCAGAAGGUGAUGGAGUCUGUUGUUGCUGGGCUCGACGGAGUGGUUAUAUACCUAGAUGACUUAAUGGUUUGGGGACGAAAUUUGGAGGAACAUGAUCGUAGACUAAAGGCCCUUAUGGCUCGGUUACAUGAAUUCGGGCUCAUGCUGAACAAAGAGAAAUGUGUUUUCGCCGUACCGCAACUUGAGUUCCUAGGUCAUGAAUUAUCGAGCUCAGGUAUCCGUCCAACGGAAAGUAAAAUUGCCGCUAUCAAAUCUUUUCGCAUUCCUAACAAUCCUAACUAUAACUACGUAGCUUUCUGGGGCUCAUAA